AUGAUACAUAUGUUACGCACUAUUAUCCGUCUAAAGGUUCAUCUUCCUGAGAAUCAGAUUGUGUAUUUUGGAGAAGGAGAAGAACAAGUGGCUUUAGAUCGUGCUGCUCAACGUGAUACACACCUUACGGUCUGGUUUAAAUUGAAUUCUGAAAAUGAAGGAGCCCAUCGCUACUCAUAUGUUGACAUUCCAUAUCACUUUGUAUUUGAUGAUAAACAUUGUAAAUGGAAGGUUAGACAAAGAGAUGGAAAUAAGGUGAUAGUAAGAAUGUGUAAAGUUAGUCCAACAGAAGAAUUAUUUUUUCUUAGAUUGUUACUUUUGCAGGCAAAAGGAGCAACAUCUUGGGAGGAUUUGCGUACUGUUAAUGGAAUAGUUCUUGAAACCUUUCGUGAAGCGUGUGUUUUUAAUGGUUUGUUGCAAGAUGACACUGAAUGGCAGAAUACUCUUUCUGAGGCAGUUUUAACGCGAAUGCCUAAACAAAUUAGGCAGCUGUUUUCAAUUAUUUUAACCUUUUGUGAACCUGAUGACCCUUUGCAUCUUUGGAAUACAUACAAAGCUUUUAUGAUGGAGGAUUUCAUUCAUCGCCAAGUUCCAUUUAUAUUAGCUGAACAAGCUACUCUUCUUCAAAUAGAAAAGGUUAUUAAUCAAAGUGGUAAAACGCUAUCCGAUUAUAAUUUGCCUGUUGUUGAUGAAUUCAUAGAUUUUAAUCUAGAAAAUUUAAAUGAUAAUGUUCAGCAAUCAAUUGACGAAGCUAAUAGAAUGAGACCGCUUCUUAAUGUCAAUCAUUUAAAUGUAAGUAAUGCUGUCUAUGCUGCAUUGAACGAGCAACCAAGUGUAGAAAAUCAACAUUCCAGAUUGUUUUUUAUGGAUGGACCAGCCGGUAGUGGCAAAACUUUUACAUAUAAUUAUUUGAUUGCUGAAACGAGCAGUAGGGGUGUUAAGUCUGCUACAGCUGCAUGGACUGGCAUAGCAGCAACUCUUCUUACAAAUGGAUCUACGCUGCACGGCUUAUUUAAACUUCCUGUCCCAAUACUGGAUAACAGCACAUGUAAUGUGACUCCUAACUCUAUUCAGGGACAAUUUUUAAGGCAAGUUAGUUUGUUUAUGCUUGACGAGACAUCCAUGAUUCCCAAACACGCUUUAAAUGCAAUCGAUCGGUUGUUAAAAGAUGUUUGCAAAAACAACUUUCCAUUUGGAGGAAAAGUCAUUCUUUUUGGUGUUGACUUUAGGCAAAUUUUGCCUGUUGUGAAAAGAGGGCGACCAGCUGAAGUUGUAGAAUCAUGUAUAAAAUGUUCUUUACAAUGGCAAUGGGUGCAGAAGUUUACAUUAACUGAAAAUAUGAGGGUACGUGAUGGAGAAGGAGACUUUUCCGAAUAG